CCAAUAUUUGGAAUUCUCAUGACAACGAUUUCACUUCUAGCUGAACACUACAAAUCUCUGAGCACAUACAACGAUAAAUUCAUUACUUUCGCCUUGGAGGGUGGAAAUUACGUGAUCAACGUGGAAGAAUUGGGAAAAAAUCAAGAGAAAGACAGAGUGUUACUGCGCUACUAUACGUCUCCGCUUUCUGCAGGUAACGAACAGAAUGGCUAUAGAUCAGUGGUAAACAUCAGUCCAACGAAAUACAAUGGAUUAUUGCUGUAUGCCAAUGAGGAGCAGCGCUCUGUGAAGCUCCAAAGGAGUGAACACCAAGCCCCAGACCAAGCCUCCUUCUUCUUCCUUCACGUUGAGUCCUCAGAAUGUGUUUCAUUUGAAUGUAAAAACAAGAGUGGGACAUUUCUAGGGGUAAAAGACAAUCACCUGGCUCUAGUAGAAAGAACCCAUCUAGGUAUUGAGAACACUCUAUUUAAACUCUUAGAAUAGGCGAUGGAAAAUUGGAUCCUGCCCUUGGAGGUCAACAUGUAGUCACUGGAGCAAGAAUAAGAGAUAAGGAGACUCAGAACAUCAAGAGAAACGGAGAGCACUUUAGAAAGAUACACAAUGGUUCCUUCAUUAUGGGCAGGAUUUGCUUUCUAGUCCUUCAGCUCUGUUUUUAUAUUCUUGUGCAACAUUGCAUAUUCAAUACAAGCAUGGUUAUAUUAAAUAGGGUAUCAAUGGGCAGGCAUUUAGGCAACAACAGUUAAGUUGCCACUUGGGACACCAACAUUCCACAUCAGAGUCCUGGGUUUGAGUCUUCAUUCUGUUUCUGAUCUAACCUUCUGCUAGUGCAUACCCUGGGAGGUAGCAGAUGACAGCUGUUACUUGGGCCCCUGAUACCCAGGGGGGAGACAUGGAUUGAGUUCUGGGCUCCUGGUUUCCAAGCAGGCCUAGUUCUGGCAAGUGCAUGUAUUUGGGGAGUGAAAUG